AUGUUAGUUCCAAAUCGUGAACAAGCUUUACAGCAGAUUGUGGCUCUCAAAAAGGAAGUCAGUGAACUAAGGGCGAAGCUGGCCUCCCAAGAAGAGGACUGCCAUAAAAGCGAAGGCGAAAUGCAUGCUGAGGUAACGGACGUAACAGUGUGAUGCUUUACUAAUUAAUGGAGUUCUGCGCUUGCGUUUUCUCUUGACUUCAUUUUAAAAAGCGACGUCCUUUUGGCGCGUCACGUAUUCUGUCAGGAAGGAUUGCGUGACAAAGGGUCCCGUGGUCAUAGCGGAUUACGCGUAGUCCCUGGUUAUUUUCUUAGGAAUAGUAAAGCAAGCGAAUUACUCAAGCGCGCGAAAAUGACGACCCGAGUGUCACCUUCUUCGCGGGUGGCGAUUUUCACGCGCGCUGGUGUUAUUCGCUUGCUGUACUAUUCCUGAGUACAUUUGAAUAUCAGCGUGGCAGGCGAAGGGGUAGGAAAAGGGAGGUUUUCCCCCUCCUCCUCUCCCUCUCCUUUUUGUGCCUGUCACGCAGGCUGUCACUGAGAAGAAUGAUGGACUACUCGUAGUCCACCCUAGUCAUGUCGUUUGUAGAGUGAGUCCUUGCUAUCAUUUGCCCCCCCUUUUUUUCCCAAGACUUCGUUGUAUGACAAAAAUAAUCAUUUUUGCUCACUUGAAAGAGUUCAAGUAUGAUCCAGCAAACUGAAGAGGCUGAAAAUAGGAUAAAAACUGUCAUGGGCCAUUUUAAGAGUGUGUCAUAGAUCCUUCUUCCCCCUUUCAUUUCAAUAAUUUAAUAUUCUGCUAAUGAACGUUUACAUGUUGAAAUGCUAUAGCAUGCUCUCUAUGCCAUGAUAGUCGUUUGUGAAAUGCCUUAUAUCUGUUUCCUUGUAACGGCUCAGAGUUCGUCGUGAGCAGGCUUCUGCCAGUCUCGCUGAAACCGAUUUGGAAAAAGGCGCUCACCAGCAAACAAAAGAAGCAUUAGAUCUCAGUGAAAAGACGGUGAGUUGAUUUUAAUAUAAACACGAAAAAAUUAGUGAGGAGUAUAAGAGCUUGAGCAAAAGCGUUUUUGAGCGACCGAAAUUAAUGGCUUGACGCUAAUAAAUGUACGCUCCGGUCAUCAUUCGCCGUUAAAAAACGACUUGGCAUGAGCGCCUUAUUGGCAGCUUUUUGCAGAAGUAAAUACAAAGACGGGGUAAUCUGUCAAGAGUGCCUUACUGCAAAUAGUUCACAUGCUUUGUUAUAAUAUAAUAUGAUAUGGUGCAAUAUAAAGGUGAAAUAUGGUCUUUCAUGAAAAUAGAUUCAACUUUUAAUGUUAUUUGAUAGAAGAUAAUGUCGGUUCACCUUUUUUUUGUAGAGAAAAAGAAACUAAAAGACACUUAAUUCGUUCCAUGAAAAGGAAGAACGAAAAAGGAAAUGAAUCAUCAAGAUUGCUACUACUGUCCUUCACGCACGUUUUUGUGCGCACGCUAGUAGUCCCCUAUACCGUUCCCUUUCGAACGCCUGGCACGGUACCAAACGCUGUUCGAAAAAUUAGCCCGCGCUCCUCUGGGAGGACUGAGGGAGCAGCAGAAAUCGAGUCCAUUACUUCGGAGGCUGCUGUAAGACUAUUCUUGCGUCGCUUUAUUUGAGCGCGUCACUCCUCUGUCCUUCAAACACGCAAAGAAACAAGUUAUUUCAGUUGCGUAAGUCGUUAUUUUCCAGGCUUUUCUUAACUGUAACUGUUUUUUCUUUUCGCAGUAUCUGGAGUUCGUUCGAACACUCGGUGCACUGCUUGAAAUAGACUCGUUACCAGGUUGUCGCUCAAUGGCGCACCUCCCACUGGAGGAAAGAGAGAGACUGGAACUAGACAGGACCAAGGUAAUUUGAGUUUCAAUUCCCGCUUAAAAAUGCGACCUGUGUAUGCUGUUACAUGUACAUGUGUCUUUGUUUCACAAGACUAGAAUAAAAGUACUGAAGAUACCACAAUACGUAAUCGUUAAAAAAGUACCAAUGACACUUAAAUAGUCGAAGCUUUCUUAACGGACGCUUGCGCAAGAGCUGAGGACGGCUCUACUUGUGGUUGGGUCGACCAAAAAACUCGCAUUUUACUCUCCAAUUGAAAAUCAGUUAAUAGCGCCUCGAGUAAGAUCUGCAAUAUUUGUGUUUUUAAUAGACUGCUCCAAGCGUUUGAUAGAAACCAAUUGGUGUAACAUGCCCUGAACUUGUGCGAUAUAUUUUGGAAGAUCAUUUCAGUUCCACUAGGCCAACAGAGAAGAGAUAUUUAAGUUGAAUUUCUUAGUUGAAAGUUUUUUUCCUUAACCCAUUUGCAGAAGAAUCAACACAUAAGUCAACAUAUUGUAAUUAGGUGGUUCAUUGUUUUUCUUCGUCUGUUUCAUGAGUGAGGGGAUAGUUAAUUGUUUUGCUUUAGUUUUGUUUCAUGUCUGAGCUCCCUUCUUUUGUACCCAUUCUUUUGAGUGAUUUCUAUGAAGUUUUAAUUUUCCCUUUAAUUUGUUUCCCUUUGAAUAUCAGG